UGACUCCACUCUCGGCAGCGCCCAAGUGUACAGGAAUUCGCGCUGAGGGGAUUUAUAAAGCGAGCAUGGACGCCAUUAACUAUCUCAUUGACCAUCUCGACUUUUAAAAUGGUGAGCUCUGCUUCCUUGACAGAUGGAAUACUGUUUUCCGUUUUCUGUGGUCUGAGUCUGCAUCCUUUAUUCCAAAAGCUGGAGAAAACCCACCUUCAACCUCUCAAACGCCUUGCUCUCAUAACUCCCAUCCUUCCUUCAUACUUCCUCUUGCCUCACUUUGAGCGUUGGUCGUGGUUCUGGGCGUUGUUUGUGGGCUACACAACGUGUUAUGCGUCUUUGUUAAUCUCCAUCGUGCUCUAUCGGUUAUCGUUUUUUCAUCCCCUGGCGCGGCAUCCUGGCCCUCUGUUAGCCAAGUGCACCAAGUUCUGGGGCGUGUAUCAGGCUUCUACUGGGAAACUUCAUGUCAAGUACUUGGAACUGCAUCGUCGUUAUGGACCGGUUGUUAGAACAGGGCCGAAUGAAUUAUCAAUCUGUGAUGUCGCUGCGGUCCAACCUGUCCUAGGAAGCGACGGACUCGGGAAAGGAAACCUCUGGGACGGAAGGAGAAUGCCUCGCUCGGAUAUUAUUGCGCAUAUUGGCAUACGAGACACGACGGAACACAUGAAAAGACGAAAACCGUGGAAUAAAGCAUUCUCUACCUCCAGGAUCAAGGCGUACGAGCCCAUCAUGAGGGCAAGACUACACCAAUUACUGGAGAGUCUCGAUGAUGAAACAGACAAAAAGAGGAGCGUCGAUCUAGCCAAGUGGUUAUCCUUUUUUGCGUACGAUUUCAUGGGAGACAUGGCCUUCGGUGCAGGGUUCGAAUUAAUGCGAAACGGUGACGCGCAAGGUCUCUGGAAGAUUAUGGAAGACGGCCUUGUAUUAUUCGCCAUAACCCAACACUUACCUUGGUUCUUUGACCUUCUGUUCAGUAUACCUGGCAUGGGUUCUACCCUGGGUUCCGCUUCGCUAAAGCUGCAAGAUUUUGUCUUUCGGACAGCGACUGAUCGACAGAAGCGCGGUUCGGCACUGAUGGGAAAGGAUAUCAGCACUUACCUGUUGGAUGAAGAUAGCGCGAAUCCGAAACCACCAGACUUUGAAAUUUACGCCAACGAGGCAAUAUUGGCCGUCGUGGCUGGGUCAGAUACAACUGCCACCACGCUGAGUUGCGCAGUUCACCAUCUCGUGCGCGAUAAGUCUAUCUUCUUCAGGCUUCGUGAUGAAAUCGACGCGGUAUUUCCUAUAAAGGACGGGAAGACUCCUUACGAUACCAUGGCAGAAUUACCGAACAUGCCUUUCUUGAAUGCAGUCAUAAACGAAGCACUCCGGUUAUAUCCUGCCGUCCCCACAGGCCUUCAACGUUCUCCAGAGCGAGGUACGGGCGGAAAGGCCGUAGCAUCAGUGUUUAUUCCAGAGGACACACCAGUCAACAUCCCUGCCUACGUUGUCCACCGAGAUCCAAGAUACUUCAGCCCCAAUCCUGAACGAUUCUGGCCCGAUCGAUGGAUUGUUGAUAGUAAAGACGUUGAAACGAAUCGAGAUGCGUUCAUCCCUUUCUCUGUCGGCCCUAUGAGCUGUGUUGGGAAGUCACUAGCACAACUGGAACUCCGGUGUGUGAUCGCAACGUUGGUGCAGCGUUUCGAUAUGGAAUUUGAUACGACGAAUGGGUGGCACGAAGAUGAGUGGGAGGAAAAGUUGGAGGAUCAUUUUGUGUUUAAGAAGGGUGUGCUGCCUAUUUUGUUGCGUAGGAGGGAAGGAUUUGAUCGCGUUUAGAAGUUGUAUUAAGAUGAUAACAAUCCCCACUAACAUUAAUAAUGAUAAUAAUCAAUUGGUCGUUUAUUGAACGAGUUCAAGCUUACACACCC